AAUCUCAAAAUCCAUCACUAGGUCAAGGAAAUCCUCCUCUAAUAUCCAUGUCCUUCCCUGGGAAUAAUUCAGAGAACUGCACAUGGGACUGGCUGGUUGAGAAAUUGAUCAAUAAGGGAUUUAUAUGAAAUGUUUAUUAUAUUUAGCUUUUCAUGGUGGAUCUGCUUAAGUAGUAAGGAAACGUCGCUGCUGUAAAGGACUGAAAUCAUUAUUAGAAGCAGCAGAUUAUAUUCCCAAGUCUUCCUCAAUUACCCAAGGUAAGACAAACUUCACCAUGAAGGUAGGAGUGAUUGAAACCCACCACUCCCAUACAGUUGUUCCCAGCGUAGUAGUGCAAGACACCAGUGAGGACCCUGGGCUGAUGGACAAAGGGGAUAAUAGGCAACGGUAUCUACCUGGUGCACUUGCACGCUACAAUAUUAACAACAAUAGUAAUAAAGAUGAAGAGAAGAAAAAGAAAAAAGAAAAGAAGAGCAAGUCAGAAAAACAAAAGGAUGGAGAAACACAAAAGAACAAGGAAAAAAAGGAGAAAAACAAAAAUAAAGAUAAAGAUAAGUCGAAGAAAGAAAAUAAAGAGGAGAAGAAGAAUGAUAUUUUCAUUAUUGAUCCAGCAGGAAAUAUGUAUUACAACUGGUUGUUUUGCAUCACAAUGCCUGUCAUGUACAACUGGACCAUGAUUAUUGCUAGAGCCUGUUUUGAUGAGCUUCAGCAUGACUACUUAACAGUAUGGUUUGUUAUUGAUUAUGUUUCUGAUGCCGUCUACAUUGCUGACAUGUUUGUACGGACAAGAACAGGUUACCUGGAGCAAGGUCUUCUGGUGAAAGAUGAACAAAAGCUUCGAGAGAAAUAUAAGGCAUCUUUUCAAUUCAAAUUAGAUUUUCUGUCAAUCAUACCAACUGAUCUCUUAUACCUUAAGGUAGGACUGAAUUACCCAGAAUUAAGAAUAAACAGACUAUUCAGAGUAGCUCGGAUGUUUGAAUUCUUCCAGCGAACAGAAACAAGGACAAACUACCCAAAUAUCUUCAGGAUCUCUAACCUUGUCAUGUACAUCGUGAUUAUUAUUCACUGGAAUGCCUGUGUGUACUACUCGAUUUCGAAAGCCAUUGGAUUUGGGGCUGACACAUGGGUCUACCCCAACACCUCUGAUCCUGAAUUUGCCCGUCUGAUUAGAAAGUAUGUCUACAGUCUCUACUGGUCAACACUGACCCUGACUACUAUCGGUGAAACACCCCCUCCUGUAAGAGAUUCUGAGUAUUUCUUUGUGGUCGUUGACUUCUUGGUUGGAGUAUUGAUUUUCGCUACCAUUGUUGGUAACGUGGGCUCUAUGAUCUCCAACAUGAAUGCUGCCAGGGCAGAGUUUCAAGCAAGGAUUGAUGCUAUCAAGCAGUAUAUGCACUUUCGGAAUGUGAGUAAAGACAUGGAAAAAAGAGUUAUAAAGUGGUUUGACUACCUGUGGACAAACAAAAAGGCUGUGGAUGAAAGGGAAGUAUUGAAGUAUUUGCCAGAUAAAUUAAGAGCAGAAAUUGCAAUCAAUGUUCACCUGGAAACGCUCAAAAAAGUUCGGAUUUUUGCAGACUGUGAAGCUGGUCUGUUGGUUGAACUGGUCUUGAAACUCCGGCCACAAGUAUACAGUCCUGGAGAUUACAUUUGCAGAAAAGGAGAUAUUGGACGAGAGAUGUAUAUUAUCAAAGAAGGCAAGCUGGCAGUAGUCGCUGAUGAUGGAAUUACCCAAUUUGUGGUCCUAAGUGAUGGCAGCUAUUUUGGAGAAAUCAGCAUUCUUAACAUCAAAGGUAGCAAAGCUGGCAAUCGAAGAACAGCCAAUAUUAAAAGUAUUGGAUACUCGGACUUGUUUUGUCUGUCUAAAGAUGAUCUCAUGGAGGCUUUAACAGAGUAUCCAGAUGCAAAGGCUAUGCUGGAAGAAAAGGGCAAGCAAAUCCUAAUGAAAGAUGGGUUGCUGGACAUUGAAGUUGCAAAUUUAGGAAGUGAUCCUAAAGAUCUGGAAGAGAAGGUCAGCUAUAUGGAAGGAGCGAUGGACAGAUUACAAACAAGGUUUGCCAGAUUGUUGGCUGAGUAUGAAGCCGCACAACAGAAACUGAAAAAAAGACUUACGCAAGUCGAGAAAAUAUUGAAGCCAGUUAUAGAGCAAGAAUUUGCAGACUUAGAAGCAGCAGAAGCAUCCACAGAUAAACCUGGAGAGUCAAAAGCAGAAUAAACCACUGGAGGUUGCCAAUAAGACUUGGGGUCGAAUCCUGCAUGGGGCUUAAUACAUUCAUUUCUAAUCUUUGUAGGACUUGACUAUUGAUUAUGAAAAAUUAUUUGUUGAGGUAAUGUCACAAUUUCCUACAAGCAGCACAUACUUGGCUGGUUUCAGGAAAAAAAGAAUCAAGAAUGAGGAUGGAAGGUAACACCUUGCUCUCGCACAAAGAUGGUAUUAUUUGCUAAUGCAUUAUGUACUCUUUAUGUAACACUGCUCUACAGCAAAUGCAAUCUCUAUACAGUCACAUACUGGCAACUAUUGAGAAUUUUGCUGACUUAAAAUAAUUUCUUCACGUCUACCUAUGGAAAAAACGAAAAGUUUGAUAACAAUUACAUUAUUUGAAAUCAAUACAGGCAUGAGCCAUGAUAUUAAAUUUGUGUAUAAACAAGCACAUUUUAAUAUCUAUUGAUUGACAUAAGACUAAUUAAGUAUGAGAUACUGUAUAAAUAAUUAGGUAUCUUUACAAUGCAAUUGUCAGUACUGAAGACUGUAAGAUUUGGGUAAUGUUAUUACUUCAUUGGGUCCACCUUCGCUGAUUUCUUGAAAUGUAAGUGGGCAGUUCUAAACGGUCCUUUUUUUUGGAUAUUACAUACAAAGGCUGCAAUAGAGAGAGGAGAAAAUACAACUUUUUGCAAGCAUCAGUACGGAUGGCUCAAAAUUUAGCUGUUCUUUCCAUAGUAAUAAGAAAUACAUAAUAGUGAAGACUGUUCUGCUCCAUGUAAUCAUAUGGCUGCUGAACAUGGACUAUCAAGUUUUUAAGAUCUGUGCUUAAAAAUUUUAAUGUCACUAAUGUAACAGUUGUGGAUGCUGUCAGAGUGCAAGGGGCAGACACGACAGAAAGAGGCCAAACUCUCCCUACAGUGUCUUCUGUAGCUGCUGUUGGGAAAAUAAUACAAUGACUAAACAGGUUAGUUUUUUCAUGGAUAGGGUAUUUAUUUCUUCUAUUUGUAACUAGUACUAAGGUAGAAAAAACUACUGUUUCAUAUGUCAGAUAUGUUUUCAACUACUUUAAGAAGUAUUCUCUUCUUGGAUUUUUUCCCUAAUUUAUGUCUUUUUCUAUCGGCAAAAAUUGAUUUUAUUACAGUUGUGGUCUCAGCUGGGUAUAUUCAAGCUGGAUAUUUUCAGUGGACUUUGACCACAGCCACUUCACAUUGGAAAAGUUUGAUGACAGGAAGUGAAGAAAGAGACUGCAAGGAGAGAAUGGAUAAUUUUGGUUUAAGGGCAAUUUGAUUAUCCCGGGCAACUGGACUGCCACUCUUAAAAAGUAUAUGUGUAAAUGUUACUAUCACUUGAUAAUAUCUCUAUACUUUCAUUCUUCUCCUUAAUAAGAUAGAGAUAUUAUAAACUGGAUCUUUUGUAAAGUGCAUUCAUUACUGUUUGUUUUAUUUUUUGUAAUGUUAACAGAUUUCCAGAAUGUCAGAGAUCUAUAAAUAACUCCUGAUUUCACUGCAAGGAUUAAAUGUUAUGAAGUAAUUAAUGCAUAGGAUAUAUAUGGAACAAGAGCAACAAAUGUAAAUAUGAAACGGCUGUUAAUACACUGUUGAUCCUGUGCUUCGAAUGACAAAUGGCAUAAUGUGCUGGUGAGGGGAAAGGCUAUGUCAUCGUUUCAUUAAAGACUCUGUCUGUGCACACAAGAACAAGCAUUACUCUGACAUUUAACCAUAUUGUGAAUGUUGGAUUUUGCAAUCAGCAUUCUUCCUAUUCAGGUCUUGAAUAUAAUUUGCAAUCUGUAUGGCAGCAGCAUACUAUAGGGCUGCGUCAUAUUUCAGUAGGCACUUAGGAAGCACUUUCUCCUUUGUUGAAGAGUUUAAGACUUUGUAUUAGAUAAAUGUGUGAUAUGAUAAAGAGUUUUAAUAAAGGCAGAGAUCUACUGUUCACAUUUUUUCUUUUAUUGAUCCUUCAGACUAUGAUAUGAGUUGUUGUCACUAGCUGCCUCUUUCGUGAGACUAAAAAUUCAUUGAUCUAAACCAUUUCAAAAUAAAACAGAAAACCAGAA